UUUCAGUCUCCAGUUCAAUUUUUGACCCAUUAGGUCUGGUAGCACCAGUCACCGUUGAAGGUAAAAUUAUGCUGAGAGAGUUAAUGAAAAAUACUAAGCAUGGUAACAAAACCUCCCAAAACUGUUGGGAUUCCCCACUUCCUGAAAGAUACCUCUCUAAAUGGAUUGGAUGGAAAGAUUCCUUAUAUGAACUACAGAAUAUACAACUCCCAAGAUGUUACCAACCUCCCAACUUUGGUCCAAUCAGAAGAAGAGAAAUUCAUGUGUUCUCAGACGCUAGCGAUGUAGCCAUUGGAGCAGUAGCUUAUCUACGACAGAUAAACAAUGAUGGUGAACCACAUGUAGCCUUCCUCAAAGGUAAAUCAAAACUGACACCAAAGCAUGCAGUCUCCAUACCACGGUUGGAACUCUGUGCCGCAGUGUUGGCAACAAAUAUAGUAGAGAACAUCAAAGCAGGAAUCGAAAAUAGAAUGCCGGUGGAUAGCAUCAUGUACUACACAGACAGCAAAGUUGUCCUUGGUUAUAUUUCUAACGAAUCAAAACGGUUUCAUGUCUAUGUUGCUAACAGAGUACACAGAAUUCACAGUGUAUCUGAUCGAACACAGUGGUGUCAUAUUGAUACGGACCAUAACCCUGCAGACAUGGCCUCUCGAUCUACUAGAGCUGACCGCCUCAUGGAUACUACGUGGUUCACAGGGCCAGACUUCCUAUGGGAAACAAAACUUAUAACAACAAACAGACAACUUACUUCAACAGUCAAGGAAAUCGACGAAGGUGAUCCAGAGGUUCGAAAGCAAAUCAAAAUCCUUAAAACAGAUGCCCAAGCUCACACGCACUUUCAAAACAGAUUCUGUCAUUUUUCUAGAUGGCUUGUCUUACGUAGAGCUAUCGCUAUCCUAAUAACUAGGGCCAGACACCUUAAACUGAAGACAAAUGGAACAUUGCAUAACAACCGAGCUGACACUAGCAUUCUUACAAUAGACAAACUGAAGGCUGCUGACAUUAUCAUAUUCAAGGCUGUACAAGAGACAUUUACCGACGAGCAAAUUAAGUCACCAAACGGUCCCCUAUGUAAACUUAACCCGUUCAAAGAUGAAAAUGGUAUCCUCCGGGUUGGAGGAAGGCUACGAAGGUCCGAUCUUGACCUCGGAGGCAGACACCCAAUACUCCUCCCUAAAGACAACCAUGUCUCCAGACUGAUUGCCGAAUAUUUUCAUGAACAAGUCCAACACCAAGGCCGUCUGUUAACGGCAGCAGCCUUACGAUCCGGGGGAAUAUGGAUCAUCGGAGCACACAAUCUGGUGAGAAGUAUAAUUAACAAAUGCAACAUCUGUAAGAGAUUAAGAGGCCAACCUGUCACUCAACAGAUGGCAGACUUACCCAAGGACAGACUUGAAUCCGUUCCCCCGUUUACAAAUGUUGGUAUAGAUGUAUUCGGACCAUGGCAAGUAGUAACCAGGAAGACUAGAGGAGGUGCAGCUGAAUCGAAAAGAUGGGCAGUUCUUUUUACCUGUCUUAGUAGCAGAGCUGUCCACAUAGAAGUUAUAAACAGUAUGGACACAUCUUCAUUCAUAAUGUCUUUAAGAAGAUUUACGGCUAUAAGGGGCCCAGUGGCAAGAAUUAGAUGCGACCAAGGUACCAACUUUGUUGGCGCUAGAGGGGAAUUCCAAACUAUAUUGAACGACCAAAACGUUACCAAGUUCCUAGUCUCCCAAAACUGCGAGUGGAUUUUCAAUCCACCACACGCAUCACAUUUUGGAGGAGUGUGGGAAAGGCAGAUUGGCAUUAUACGGCGCAUUCUGGACACCAUGUUUCAGAAGCUCGGCAAACAUCAACUUACUGACGAAGUGCUUAGGACAUUCAUGGCCGAAGCAUGUGCUGUCGUUAAUUCCCAUCCAAUUACUACAUUAUCUACAGAUCCGAACGAUCCAUUGGCUCUAAAUCCUACCAUGCUGCUGACCCAAAAGACCUCUCCACUACAGACACCUCCCGGGAAAUUUGUGAAAGAAGAUUUGUACGGACGUAAAAGAUGGCGCCAUGUUCAGUAUCUCGCUGAUCAGUUUUGGAUACGCUGGAGAAAAGAAUAUCUUCAGAACCUACAAUACAGGCAGAAAUGGUUACAACCCAAACCGAACAUUUCAGCAGGCGAUGUUGUAAUUCUGAAACAAAAGGAUGUCCCGAGAUACAGUUGGCCACUCGCCCGUGUGAAGAAAACCCUUCCGAGUGAAGAUGGAAGAGUUCGUAAGGUAGAGGUGUUGGUAUGUUCUGAAGGAACAAGACGGACAUUUCUCAGACCAGUUUCAGAAUUGAUUCUUAUUGAAAAGACAUCUGAAAAUUAAUGAAUUUAGAAUUCCAACCUUUUAAUAAAAGUAUACGUUUCAGUAUACGUUUUAGGCGGGGAGUGUAGUGGAUUCUCUAUGUAGUUAUAUGAGGUACUGUGUUACUAUGGUAGCUUACUAUG